UGGCGCCAAACUAAGCAAAGCGGAUUUGUCUGUUGGGAGGCGGACGCCGGUGGGACCGUAAUUUGUUCGGUCGACGUGGAUAAAGACGCGAUGAACGCUGACGGUCAGCUGCAGACCAGCUCCCCCAAUGGGUAUGAUUGUGAGAUGACCUGUAAAAAACGAGAUGAUUACUUGGAGUGGCCUGAAUAUUUCAUGGCUGUAGCAUUCUUGUCAGCACAAAGAAGCAAGGAUCCAAAUUCUCAGGUUGGUGCUUGCAUUGUGAAUUCAGAAAACAAGAUUGUUGGAAUUGGAUACAAUGGGAUGCCUAAUGGAUGCAGUGAUGAUCUUUUGCCUUGGACAAGAACAGCAGAUAAUAAACUCAACACAAAAUAUCCCUAUGUAUGUCAUGCUGAACUGAAUGCCAUAAUGAACAAGAAUUCUGCUGAUGUAAAAGGCUGCAGCAUAUAUGUUGCUCUGUUUCCAUGUAAUGAAUGUGCAAAGCUCAUCAUCCAGGCAGGGAUAAAAGAAGUCAUUUUUAUGUCCGAUAAAUAUCACGAUACUCCGGAAAUGAUAGCUGCACGGCGCUUGUUUGAUCUAGCUGGAAUUUUGUACAUAAAAUUCAAACCAAAGUGCAGCAAGAUCAUCAUUGAUUUUGAUUCAAUUAACAGCAAACCAAGUCAAAAGCCUCUGUGAGUUACAUCUAAUUAAAUCUCCAGAAGAGUGUGAUUAUCCUUUUCUUAGAAGCUGCUAAUGCCUUUCAUCUUGAAGUUAGGCAUAACUUUUUAAUAGCCACUACAGUUUAAGCAGACAUCUAAGGAAUGUGUCAGAACUUGAACAUUUGUGCUUUCUCUGCUAUACAUUUAAACUUUGACUUCCAGGAUUUUACUAAAUCUUCUGUGAAUGAAACUGUCUGUGAGAUUAGUAUUAGUGGGUAAACAAUGCAAAAGGUAUUCAAUAUAUUGUGUCAAUUAGCCAAGAACUCAUCUGACUUGAAGGGAAAUAAAAUUACAAUUCAUAUUCUGUGAAUAUUGACUGUACAAGAAUGGUUAAAGAAUCACUUCAGCAGCAUACAACUGUGGGAACACUUGUCCUAGUUUAAUUUAAUUCAGACUGGCUAGACAGUUAUAUAACUAGUACUUUAACACUUUGAAAUCUUCAGCUACUUAAUUGCUUCUUUAUAUGAUUUACAUUUGAAAAUGUUUUGCAUUGGAUAAAAUUUUAGAGUAGCUUUCAUCCCCUUUGCCCCUCUGCCCCAAACAUCUUACUUUUCUUAGAGGAUGUGAAUAAAUCAUCAGAACCAAAUAAGAACUUCUUUGGAGCUGAUUUUUAUACCCUAAAAAAUAAUUUGUCCAUUGAUCUAAAAUUCUGGGAGACAAUCUAAUAAUUUCCAACGUUAAAACUAGCCUCUAAAUUAGUCAGUAUUUUCUUCUAAGGGAAAUGAAUACGCUUAAUCCAUAUUGAGGCUACAUAUGCCAAAUAGAUCAUGGCUUUAGCUUGCUUUGGUUUGUUAAAAUUAGCAUUAAGCUUUAGAAACGUGGAUUAAAGCUUUCACAAGAUUUCAGUAUAGGUCCUUUUAUUUGAUUUUGACAACAAAUAUAUAUUUAGAUACUCAAAUUAUUUCAUUUUAAAAAAUGUUUUGUGAAGUUUGGUAUGUAUAUUUGUAUUAAAAUUCUGUGUGUUAAACAUUUUUUAAUAUGGCACGAUACCAACAUUAUAAAAUCUCUAUUAAAAUCUUUGUGAAAUA